AGUCCAUUUCCAUUCAAUGUUUAUGUCUGCUCCUGCUGUUUACUAAUGGUUGAUUCUUAUGGUUAUGUUAUAAUUGUUUUUAGUUCACAACUUUUAGUAUAUUAGGCUAGGCUAUAAUAAAUAUAGCAGUCUAGAUUUGUUACAAUUUACUAAUAAUCAAUGUAAAACUGAAAUCAAUUACAAACAUAUUUGUAUAAAUAAUAUCUUAUUUUUAAAAAAAAAAAACUCCUAGGUUAAUCCAUUCAAAAUGGAAUUUAUCGUAGCAAGUGUGGAAAAUAUGAAGUUUAACAUUGAAAUAGCCUUAGAAGAACAACAUGGAGCAUUGCCUCUACCUUUUCCUGGAAUGGACAAAUCAAUUGCUGGAGUGUGUGAAUUUUUCCCCAAAGGAACUUGUAUCAAAGGAACAGCUUGCCCUCUGCGACAUGUCAAGGGAGAUCGAACUAUCGUGUGUAAACAUUGGCUCAGAGGGCUCUGUAAGAAAGGAGAUCUUUGUGAAUUUCUCCAUGAAUACGACAUGACAAAAAUGCCUGAGUGUUACUUCUAUUCCAGAUUCAAUGCUUGUCACAACAAGGAGUGUCCAUUCCUUCACAUCGACCCCGAAAGCAAGAUCAAAGACUGUCCAUGGUAUGACCGAGGGUUCUGCCGCCAUGGACCCAACUGCCGACACCGGCACGUGCGGAGGGUGCUGUGCAUGAACUAUCUUGCCGGAUUUUGCACAGAUGGACCUGAUUGUAAAUAUAUGCAUCCAAGGUUUGAGCUGCCGGCAACAGAUGUCAUGCAGAAGGAAGGCAAGAAGGUGGUGAUUGUCUGUCACUUCUGUGGAGAGUCAGGACACAAGGCCAUCUACUGUCAUAAGAUGCCACAGGAGAUGAAGGACGCAGAAGCUAAACAACCGACUAAAACAACUCAAUUGAUCACCAAGACAGGAGAAGAUGGCAAGGAAAUUGUUGUUGCUGUCAAACCUACAUUGAAACCUCUGGAAGAAGUCACAUGCUUUAAGUGUGGAUGCAAAGGUCACUAUGCAAACAAAUGCCCUAAAGGACAUCUCGCUUUCCUAGCCCUAAGUCAAAAUCAGAACGCCCCGCCGCCAUACAAAAGAUAACUUCAAGACUAUCAUAUGUAUUUUUGUGUUUUAUUUUUAAUCAUUAUGAAAUCAGUGGAAAUCGCCAUAAAUGAUUGUUUAUUUGUACA